AUGUCUUCAGAAUCAGAUGAGGUGGCGGAAGACUAUCGUCUCGCUUUGGAAGACCUCACCUCGAAUAUGCGAUUCGAAAUUAGCAACUUGACUGUGAUUGCAAGAGAGAACACCGAGCAUGCAUUAGCCAUUGCCGAGGUUCUACAACAACAUAUUCUCAAGGCACCUCCUCCUAAGAAACUACCCGCUCUUUAUGUACUCGACUCCAUCGUAAAGAAUGUCGGCACUCCCUACACGCUCUAUUUUGGCCGGAAUCUAUUCAAGAUCUUCAUGGAAUCCUACGCGAUGGUCGACGAUGCUGUGCGCAAGAGAAUGGAGGACAUGCUCAGGACGUGGAAGGACCCCGUUCCCGGGUCCAUGGAUACCAGACCAGUCUUCUCGCACGAGUUGGUUCGGCCCAUAGAGAACGCUCUUAUGAGGGCACAUGCGGCUUCCAUUCCGCAAAAUGCAAUGGCUGGACGAGGGCGCGGGGUCUUGAUGCCGCACCGCAACACCCCUACACCACCGAACAUGCGUGGUUAUCCGACGCAUGGCGGCCAAGGCCAGAUGCCGAAUGGAGGGCCGGUGCCGGAUCAAUACCAAGGCCAUAAUGCACCAAACAACCAUUAUCGUCAAAUCACGCCGCAAGCUGUUCAAUCACAAGGAUCAUACCCCCCUCCUGGACAGUACGGCGCUGGAGCGCCGGGCACAAACGUAGACAAGUUGAAUCAGGAUAUCCAGAAUCUGAUUGUAGCGACACAAGUCGAGUUCUCGCAGAAUCCUCAUGAUGCGGGUAUACAGAUCAGACUUAAAGCAUUGAUGGAUCUUCAAAGUGUGGUUCAAAAGUCGGCCUUGCCUCCAGACCAGCUCGAGCUCAUUAAAAACAAAGUAACUGAACUUGCUGCUGUAACACGGCCCAGUAUGGCCCCUUCAUAUGGUGGGCAAAACCUGCUACCUGCUCAACCACCCUUGGGGCAGUUUCAACAAGUAGCGCAGCCUCCGGCUCCUCCUGCCAACCAAGUUCCGCAAGGACAGGUGUCUCUGGACGCCUUGCUGGGUCAAGGAGCUCUUGCUGCUCUCAUGGCGAGAACUGGAUCCAACUCCAACAACACAACACCCAAUCCUCCUGGCUCGGGGGCUAUUCGUUCUCCGCCACCUGCGCCGGCCCAACCUCCAAAGCCUGCGGCGGCGGCCCCGACAAAUGCGUUGUCAGUGCUGGAUAGACUUCGGCAAGCUGGUCUACUGCUGCCGGCCGCUGCUCCAACACCACCAGUCGUCCCUGUUGCCGCCGCGGCUCCGCCUCCUCUCAUCCCGGCCAACAUUGCCAGCAUUCUGUCCGCAGCAAAGGCCGGCGCUUUCAACAUGCCUAACUUGGGAGCCUUGGGCCUAAACGAGGCCAUGUUGAAGCAGCAAUCGCCGGAUGACAUUAUAAAUGCGUUGUAUGAUGACCUCGGGCCACCCUGUGCUGAAUGUGGUAGACGAUUCAAGCGCAACAUGGAAGGGAAUGAGAAACGCCGCGCCCACAUGGACUGGCAUUUCAAGGUCAAACAGCGCAGCGCAGAGGCGGAGAAGAGGGGUACGCAUCGUAGUUGGUACGUUGACCAACAGGACUGGCUUCGAUCACGCGAGGUCGUCGACGCAGACCACAUUGCGCAACCGGAACCUUCGGCGGAGGAGCGGUCCAAGGCUGCCUCGAGCCCCAAGUUCAUCCUGGUGCCAGAGCCUAGCAGCGGCAUCAACAACGUCUGUCCAAUCUGCCAGGAAAAGUUUGAGAACAAGUGGCUAGACACGGCUCAGGAGUGGGUGUGGCUGGACGCGGUGCUGGUGCGCAAUCGGGCUUACCACGCGUCGUGCCAUGACGAGGCGACGAGGGAUCGCGAGGGUACGCCUGGCGUCUCGUCGAGACGGACCCCGGAGCCAGUGCUCGGAAAGCGCAAGGCAGAAUCGGGCCUGCUGUCGCCCAAAAUCCGGGCGCUUAAGACGGCGUACUAG